AUGGCGAGUCCGCCGAGGUCCCGCCGCUCCGCCACUCGCUUCCAGCGCCGCGCGGGCUCUGCCACCGCGUCUACGCCGGCCAGGCGGCGACUCUCCGCGUUCUGUCCCGCCGGCUGCCGGGGGCCCAAGAAACUUCGGGGGGGCGGGGCCGGGGGCGGGGGCUGGGGUGGGGCGCACAGAGUGAGCGCUGGGGGCGCUGGCGGUGGAGCCUUUGAAGUCUUCCGAACCAGUGGGCUGGGGUUGCGAGACCGAGCCGAGCUGCCCUGGGCGGCCAGAGAUGUGGGCAUACAGAGGCUCCUCCUCUUUCCUCCCCGACGCCGGGCAGUGGGCGGUGGCCUGGUCUUCUCCCUGGAACCUCUGGGCGGGGCCGGGCCUGGAGCUUGGGUCUCUGUCCGGAGGGUGGUGUCACAGGAAGAGCUGGAGCUGAGAGUCGGGACUCCGGGGUCCCUUCAGGGGGCGGCCCGCCCCUGGCUCUCAGGGGUCUCCAAGCGCAGUGUUCUCCUGCUCUCCUUGGGCAUCGCUCAAUCCCUCCCGUAUCUGAGGGUCGACCAUCCCCCCGAUCCCGCGAGCUGUGCAGCAUUCUACUCCAAUGAUCAAGGACUCAGAAGAUCUUGUAUCUGGAAACUCAUGCUCCACCUGCAGCAGACCAGAGACCCUGGGGAAAUUCAUUUUGUUACGCAGAAGCAGCCCUUUGUAGGGAGAGAGCAGUGAGGACAGUCCCUACAAUAGUGGCUGGGAGAUAACGGCAGAGCUCAGGAUCCCUGUCCUCUACUGGGGAGAAAGGCAUGUAAGAAGAUGAGAAUGCCGAGUGUUAAAUGAGAAGAUCAGGAACCUGAGGCUUGAAGAAGUUAGAUGACCUGGUUAAGGCCACUUGACUGGAUUCAAACCCUGCCUGACUCCACAUGACUCCUUUGGGCAGCAUCGUGUGACCACACCACGUAAGAUCUAGGUCCUGCCUUGGAGAGCUGAUGAACCAAACUAGCAGGAAGGUAGAAAAGUCCUGAUAAGGACACUUAAAAAAAUAAUAAUAUGGGUCUUGCUCCGUCACUCAGGUUGGAGUGCAGUGGUGCAAUCACAGCUCAGUGCAGUCUCAACCUCCCAGGCUCAAGUAAUCCUCCCACCUUGGCCUCCCAAAGUGCUGGGAUUAUAGACCUCAGACAUGGUACCCAGCCCUGAGAAGGACUCUGAUGAAAAAGUACAUGGUGUGUGGUGAGAGUGGCUCCCAGAGGAGGGGUUGAGUUGUAUUCCAGCAGGGUUAGUUGGAUAGGGGCGGAGGGAAAGUUCAGGACAAGAGAACAUCUCACAAAAGUGAGAACUUGUAGAAUAUCCUGACUUGUUAGGUGAAUUGUAGGCAGUCUUUAUGUGGUCAUAUGUGUUGGGGGCAGGAUGGGGAAGGCGAAUUCGGUCAGAUGCCGCCAACGAGGCAGCAGGAGCCAGAGCACUAAAGGCCUUGAGUGCUGACCUAAGGGAUUGAAAUUCCUCCUGCAAGUAGCAGGGGGCUACUGAAGCUUGAAGUGAGGUAUGACACAAUCUCAUUUUCAUCUUACAAGCUCAUUUUCAUGACUGCAAUAUGGGCAAGAAAGACAGGGUAGUCCAUUGAGUAGAUUAUUCCAGAAAUCCAAGUUGGAUGUAAUGCAACUUGCUGAACCACUGAACCAGAGCAGUGGUUACGAAGAUGUGGAGGAUAGAUUCAAGAGCUAGAAAAGAGAUAGAGGGAUCAGGACUUGGAGUGGUUUCUUUAUUCAUUGAUUCAUCCAUUC